AUGGCAGUUGUAGUUAUUACUGAAGCUCUGCUGCUGUCUUACACAGGGCUCUACGACCUUGAGAGGAAAAUGUUAGUUGGAUGCUGUGUUCUAAUCACCUGCCGACAACAUAACUGGCCCCUCACCAUGGGAACCAUCUGCACCCUGUUGUAUGCGGAUCUGGAUGUGUUUUCAGGCACCUACAUGCAGCUAGUGAAGCUUCUGGGGCUGGAUGUGCCCGCUCUGUGCCUGGCAGACCUGGUGAAGUCUUACUGCAGCAGCUUCGCACUGUUCCAAGCUUCCCCAUCUAUACCGGUUAAAUAUGUGGAAGACAAAGACAAGAUGCUUUCCCGCACCUUGCUGCUGGUGGAGCUGGCAAAUGAGACUUGGCUAGUGACUGGGCGGCAUCCCUUGCCUGUCAUCACUGCUGCCACCUUCCUGGCAUGGCAGUCUCUGCUGCCUUCUGACCGACUGACAUGCUCUCUUGCCCAGUUUUGUAAAUUGGCCAAUGUGGACCUGCCCUACCCAGCCGCCUCUCGUCUGCAGGAGGAGGCGUUGGAAUUAAUCUUCAUACCUCAAAACAAUUGUUAUAUAGAAAUGUAA